AUGGUGGACGGCUGCCUUUCCCUUGCUGUGGCCCCCCUCUCUUUGCUACUACUACGGCCCUCCCCCCUCUACUCUUCUCUUCUCUUACUAUCUUCCUACACUACCAACUCCCCAUACAAAAACUCCCCUUACAAAAAAAGUCCUUUUUCUUUUCAAAACAUAUUCCUAAUUUGUGAUCAUCAAAUUCAUUCAUCAUGCCUAAGGAGACCACUACCAAGACCACCCGCAAGGCCCCCGAGAAGCGCGUCCAGCGCCGCAAGAAGGACCCCAACGCGCCCAAGCGUGGUCCGCGAGGAGAACCCCGGCAUCAGCUUCGGCCAGGUUGGCAAGCAGCUCGGUGACAAGUGGAAGGCUCUGAGCGAGACCGACCGCAAGCCCUACGAUGCUAAGGCCGCCGCCGACAAGAAGCGCUACGAAGAGGAGAAGGCCGCCUACCUCGCCAAGGCUGAGGAGGAGGAAGAGGAGGAAUCCUCUUAA